AUGAUCUACACCAAGGACCUUUGUGCAUCAGCUAUCCAGUGUCUUGUGCGAAGUCGGUUUUGGAUUGGGAAUAACCAAAAGAAACAAUUGGCAUCUGCCAGCCGGAGAUUGGCACGGUACGCGAAGACCCAUGGCCUGUCCUUACAACUCAAAAAAUUGACAAAGUCAAAUCUGGGAUGGGGCACUGGUCGGUGUCCAGAGGUUCGGUGCAAGGGGUAUGACACUUAUGUCAUAUUGAGCUGGUUAGUUUCAGAAGUUACAUCCAGAGAUUGCGACCCUGAUUUGGCGACUGUACUGUGGGCAGCUGAUUCAUUUUUGAAACUUCUUCAUCAUGCUGGUCCGUUUCUGACCCCUGAAGAGCAAGAACAUCGACGAGUGGUCGGCCAGUUGUUCAUGAAUGUUUAUGUCAAAUUGGCAGCCAAAGCUGUCAGCGAAAACAAAAAAUUGUGGCGAACACGCCCUAAAAUCCAUAUGUUUCACCACAUAUGUAUCCAAGAAAGGCCCAGCUCCAUAAACCCUGUUCUGGGGUCCACAUGGAUGGAUGAAGAUGCCAUCAAAUUUUUUUUUCGUAUAAAGAAGCGCACCCAUAAGCGCCAGGCAACAACGAACUGUUUAAGACGGUGGUUGCUGGGACUACCGGUUCAAAUGAAAAAGAAAAUCUCUUGAAUAUGAGAUUUUUCCUGGACAUGCGCUGGU